AUGAUGAAGCAUUACACAAGGAUUAUGUUUGUCCAUCUGGUCAAUGAUUACGUCAUGACUUUUGCAUUUUUCAUCAUUUUGCCGGUAAGUCAGCAACCUUAUCGCUGUGAGAAGUUCACAAAGUGCUACGUUGAGAUUUUGGUGAGCCCUGAAUAUCUCCGCUGCCUCAACAAAGAGCGAGCUCAAAUUUGUGCAAAAGUUUUUAAAAAGUCUGAGCGCAGACCCUCAGGCAUUUCUCUUAAAAAGUUUUGUCAUUUCGAUUGCAUCUUUCAGGAAAUCUUCCCCUUGAAUGGCCAAGUCUAUCUUCUCAUUGGCAAUUACGGAGAGAAACUUGAGCUUGAAUGGUGCAGGUGGUUAAUCUGCAUCUAUUAUUUUGCUGAGAUCCUUCAACUCGUUCUUCUACCUGUAGAUUUUUACUAUCGUUAUCGAGUUGUAUGCAAGUAAGGCACAGUAAAAAUAAAUUAAUCUUUCAAAUUCUCGUUUCCAGACAAGAAAUAAUGUCAGAUCGGAAACUCUACAGUAUUAUCACCGCACUAACAUUGACUGUGUUUUGUCAGACGGUGGUAUUAACACAAUAUACGUUGAAACAGAAUCCAGAGUAUAAUGAAAUACUCAAACAUGCUCUCAAUUCGACGUCUGUGCCGGUGUAUCUAGCCACAAUAACGGUGAAUCUACAUACCUUAUUGAUUAAAGAGUUUUCUCCAAUCAGUGUAGAAUGAAAUAAGACUAUUUUAGGACCCAAUUCUCGCUCAUACCCCUCUUUUGAUGAACAUUUUCUUCGUAUUGUUUUGUUACUCAAUGUGUGUUUAUGUUUUUUGGGCCAUAAAUAAGGUCCUGCGGAAGAACACAGCCAAUUCCAAAACGAUUAAAGCUUUGAAAAUCGAGAAACAAGUGACCCGACUGAUGAUUGUACAGGUAAUUCAUACAUAUAUGUAACGUUAUAAGAUAAAUUCUUGCAUGCAACGCCCAGACUUUACCUGUCUUUUCAGUGCGUUCUCCCCAUGUUUGUCAUCUCUCUCCCAGUGCUCGUCACUUGUGGCUUUACGUUGUUAAAACUACCGUUAUUAGAAAUUGGUCCCAUUAAUCAAAUUGUAAUUGCUUGGAAUGGCGCCAUCAAGACUGUAGCGACAAUAAUUGUGAUCCCCAAUUACCGAAACUUUAUCCUAUUCAAAUUGGGAGCCAAAUCGACCAUGGGCGCGUCAGCAAGUGUCGCUGCAACCAGCGAUGGACGACAUACGAAGUCCGUAUUUUAG